AUGGGAAUAUUGGAAAAGAUUAGUGAGAUCGAGAAAGAAAUUUCAAGGACUCAAAAGAAUAAAGCUACCGAGUACCAUCUUGGUUUACUGAAAGCUAAAUUGGCCAAAUAUCGAGCCCAGUUACUGGAAGGACCGAAAUCUUCAUCGGCUAAGGGUGAAGGAUUCGAUGUUAUGAAAUCGGGAGAUGCCAGGGUUGCUCUAAUAGGAUUUCCAUCUGUUGGCAAGUCGACAUUACUGAAUAAACUGACAUCGACGUUUAGUGAAUCUGCAUCCUACGAAUUUACAACAUUGACAUGCAUCCCUGGUGUAAUCGAACAUAACGGUGCAAAAAUUCAGUUAUUGGAUUUGCCUGGUAUCAUAGAAGGAGCUGCACAAGGCAAAGGAAGAGGUAGACAAGUGAUUGCUGUUGGGCGUACGGCGGAUGUCGUUUUAAUGAUGUUGGAUGCCACGAAAGGCGAUGUUCAAAGGGCAUUACUCAAGGCUGAACUGGAAACGGUAGGGAUUCGGUUAAAUGCAAGAAGGCCGAAUAUUUAUUUUAAGCCAAAGAAAGCUGGAGGAUUACAUUUUAAUGCUACCUGCCCUCUAACUCACGUGAAUGAAAAAUUAAUUCAGUUGAUUCUUCACGAGUACAAAAUUUUUAACGCGGAAGUAUUGUUUAGGGAAGAUUGUACCGCAGAUGAAUUUAUUGAUGUUAUAACCGGAAACCGAGUUUAUUUGCCUUGUAUUUAUGUGUAUAAUAAAAUUGAUACCAUUUCCAUUGAAGAAGUUGACCGAAUUGCUCGCCAGCCCCAUUCGAUUGUGAUUAGCUGUAAUCUUGAUUUGAACUUGGAUUUUCUAUUGGACAAGGUAUGGGAAUAUUUGGCACUGAUACGAAUUUAUACCAAAAAGAGAGGAGGCGAUCAAAAUCCAGAUUUUGGCGAUGGCCUCAUUUUAAGGAAUAACGCUACCGUUGAGCAUGUGUGCCAUUACAUUCAUCGGACCAUUGCCAACUCAUUUAAAUAUGCUCUAAUUUGGGGUACGAGUACAAAAUUUAACCCGCAACGUGUUGGUUUAAGUCAUGUCGUUCAAGAUGAAGACGUAAUCCAAAUUGUAAAAAAGUAA